AUGCUCAAUCGGAGCGAUGCUAGGUCUAACCGAAAAGUGAAGAGAAGAAAGCUAGUCGCCCGCAUUCUAGAUGACCUGCGGCGGGAAGAGCCGGAAGAGAAGCUUGACGUGCUCAACGAGGCACAUGCUCGAAUUGAACAACUGGAGCGCGAAAACCAACAUCUUCGACAGCGUAACCAGAUUUUGCUCGAAGGCUUCAAGCGCACGCGAGCCACGAUGUUCAAUCUCAUGUCACAAGUGGCGAAUCUACGACGGAGGAUAUAA